AUGGGCAUAUUCGACCCGAGCCACUGGCUGCCCAGAGAUGUUACUUGGGACGUGCUGGAAAGCACGGAAACCGCCCUCUACCCAUCGGCUCGGGAUGUGUACAUCGCCAUGGGACUGGGCAUCGCCAUGGUGCUCCUCCGAAUCCUGCUCGAAUGCUACGUGUUCGUCCCGAUUGGCUGGUACUUUGGCUGGAUCAAGCAGCCGAUGCAAGAACGAAUGCAAACGCAUCUACGCGGCGGCUUCAUGGGUAAAUCGAGGUUAAAGCGGGUAUCCGAGUGCGGCUGGCGGUUUUGCAUGUUCGUCUCGAUGUUUACCGCCGGAUAUUUUGUACUCCAGGAUCAGCCCCAGUUUGCUGAUGUGACUGAGUGCUGGCGUAACUGGCCGGCGCAUCCACUUCCACUCAAGGUCUACUGGUACUACACGAUAGAGACGGCUUUCUACUGGUCAUUGUUAUUUGGUCACGUCUUCUUCGAUGUGCGUCGACAUGACUUUUUCCAAAUGCUGCUCCAUCAUACGGUCACGCUGCUGUUGCUGUACAUCAGCUGGACGAUGAACAUGGUCCGUGUCGGCACGCUGAUCCUGUUUAGCCACGACGCUGCUGACAUUUUCUUGGAGCUCGGCAAGCUGUUCCGCUACGCAAACUGGCAAACGUUGCUCUCCAUCGACUUUGUCGUUUUGUUAGUGGUAUGGAUGGGCACGCGGCUGUUCUACUACCCGUUCUGGAUCAUCAACAGCAUUGUGUUUGAUGCGCCAGCAUUGAUUCAGGCCGAUUAUUCGUGGGGCAACAUCUUCCAACGGCCAAUUGUGCCCCGCGUGCUGAUGGUAAUGCUGUGCACGUUGUUGUUGCUGCACGUCUUCUGGACCUGGAUUCUAUUGCAAAUCGGCUACCAAGCGAUCACAACACCAACCGGCGUCGACGAUAUCCGCGAAGAGUCGGAGAGCGAUUCCGAGGACGAUUCGGCCAGCAAGAAGAAGGAU